AUGCCAACGAUUGAUCCAUCCGAAAGCAUCCCUUAUGUAAACGCUGAACUAUAUGUACCGUACACAGUAUGCUCAAGUCGCCUCCAGAACGGUGAUUUGAUUGAUCUUGGUUCCGUGGAAGAUGAUAGUUGCCCGGAAUUGACUCUGGAACAGAUUCGUCGCGAGUUCGAUCCCCUCUAUCGUCCUCUUGAGAAGCGUUCGCAAAACUCAUCAUCGCUGCAGGUGCCUGGUAGCAGUGUUGAGGAAGUCGAAGUGCCCUCUGUUACUCGAACACAGUUGAAAAAAGGAGCAAGUAGUGAGGAAGAGAAUAAGGAAAACAGUGAACAGAAUUGGUUGUCUUUGGAUUGCAUCUCUUUGCAGGAUCAUGUGCCAUCCGUUCUUCAGCAGAUCGCCAUAGUCAAAGAAAAGGGCAUGAAGAAUUGUACUUCAUCAUCUCUGUUUUUCAUGUCUCCAAUUGCUGACUAUAUGACAACUUCAGCAAAAAGUGUGAAGAUUGUAGUCAGCAAAGAUUACACGUGGCCGCACUGUGAUCAAAGUGAGCUGGCUUUCACAUCGGCUACGGAAACUUCAGUAGAACUGCUAAUCACACAACUACUCGCGGACUUAUUGAGUGAAUCCGAACUGGUCAAUGGGGUUCCAGUCGAGAGAUAUGGCUUAAAGGUACGUUGCAAGUUCAUUCCUUUAAUUUCCGUCGUGGCUUCAUCGAAUCACAGUUUAUCUCGAGUCAUAUUCAAUGCGAUGAGUUUUACUUCUUUUGGUUGUUCGCACUUCUAUUCUGAUCCAAUUCAUUUCUGCAUCGGUUCUUUGCCAUUCCCGUGCGUCCUCCUAUGCUCAUCAAUAUAUUUGUUUAUUUGUUUAUCUCAAUGCACCUAAAA